CAACCAUCACAUAGAAGCACUGACAGACUUGACUGAGUUGGUGUUUAAAAUCCGGAUAUUAUUCAAGCUGUAUGCUGAGUGCAGUGCAGAAGAUCUUCAUACUGGUUUCAGGUUAAUGAACUCUUGUCUCGCUGUCUUUCCGAUCUUGACUGUCUUUGACGUCCUCGUGCGUACCGCAAAACAAUCGAUUGAUAUACCUUCUUUGCAAUAGAAUAUCUUUACAUAAUAUUCAUAAAUUGAAUGGAAUAGAAUAGAGCUGUCAAUUCAACCAUCAUUUAUCUUCCAACGCAUACACCAUAUGGAGUAACAAUCAGUCAAAUCACCUUGAAAUUAUCAUUUUCGCAUGAUGGUAUGAAUGUUCAAUGUAAAGCUGUAAAUAAUAUUGCAUCAAGUAUGUCUGAACCAUAUGAAAUCAAUGUUCAAUACGCUCCAGUGAUUUCAAAAUUCUUCCAAGAACCAUGGAUUGUAUUAUAUGAAGAAGAGAGUUUUAUCUCUUGUCAGGCAACAGGAAAUCCUCCACCAAUUGUAUACUGGAUAGAUCAGCAUAGAAGAAGAAUAUCGAAGACAGAUAGAUUGAAUUCAGCUGUUUUAACUGAAUCAUUAUUCAAAGGUGAAGUGAAUAGAUUUUCAAAAGAUAAUUGGCGUAUAAAUGUUUCAUGCUAUGCAAAUAACAUAAUGGGUAGUUCUGAGAAAUUAUUACCAAUAGAAUUUUACUUCGCCCCAAUUGUAACAACCAAUGAAAUUGUUUAUGCUCGAAUUGGUGAAUCUAUUCAAUUAUUGUGUGAAGCUAUUUCUAAUCCACCUCCGAUAAAUGUAUUUUGGUAUAGAAAGAUAAAUCAUAAAUCUUUAACUAAUUUACAAUUUAAUCCAAACACUGAAAAGUUAUUUAAAGUAACUAAUAAUCUAUAUAAUUAUACAAAUAAUUAUACAAUUAAUAAUCAUCGAAUAUAUUGGUCAAGUCCAAUACUUCAAAUCAAUACAGUGACUAUAGAUGAUGCUGGUGUUUAUGUUUGUGCUGCGGAGAAUACUAUUCAUAUGAGAGAUCAUCAGUUAUCUUCAUAUCGAAGAGAAAGUGAAUCUCAUCUCUUUGUUUUUUAUCCACCUGGUAAACCGACAAUUAAAAAAAUAUCAUCGGGGAAUAUUAGGUUAGGACUUCCAACUCCUUCUGUUAAAUGGUUAUGGAUACCUCAUUCUUGUAGAACAAUGAAAUCAGUAGAGUUGAACUCGUUGACUCCAAAUGAAGUUAAACGAAAAUCUUCACAAUAUACAGAUCAAAUUGUAAUCAGUUUAACUGAUUCACAUAUUGAUGGAUUGUAUUACUGUGAAGUAGAAAAUGAAGUUGGACAUUCAAUGAGUGAUCCUAUAAAUAUUACAUUGAAUGAAUCACCAGAGAUAAUUGAAGGACCAAAUAUUGAUCAUAUAUGGAAUCCAUCCUUCAAUUCACAUUCAUAUCCUCGACUUCGAUGUAUUGCUCAUGGUAAACCAGCGCCUCAAAUUACUUGGAUACAUAAUGGUGACAUGAUUUACAGUACAACGGUCAAAAAUUCAAAUAAUUUUUCCUGUUCAUGGAAGAAAAUAUUCACCAGUGUAAAGUGUAUUGAAUUGGCGACAGGUUUAUAUACAUGGGAGACAACAAGUGAGUUGAUCUGGGGACUGGAUCAUUCAUCAUUCUCAUUUAAUAUGGAGGAAAAUUCAGAAAAAACAAGUCAAAGCAAUAAUUUAACAUCUAUAUGUCAAUCCUUUAACAUUAUGAAUGAAGGAAUUUAUACCUGUCAAGCAAUGAAUGAAUAUGGUCAAGAAACGUCGAGUCCUGCAAAUAUGAUACUGAAGUAUCCUCCGAUUCUGAUUCAUAAGAAUCUUCUGAAGUAUUCAUUAAAUUCUAUGGAAGUGAUCAAUACAAAACAUUCAAUGACGUCUUCAGUUAAACAACAAAAGGAGAAUAUUUUUACAAAUUUGAAUAUAAUACAUCAAUCCAAGUUGACAUGUAUAUUUAAAUCAUAUCCUGAACCGAUACAAAUUACUUGGUUUUAUAUACCAUUGAAAAGAUUAUUAUCUAAUGAUCUUCUUGAAGAUCUUCUUACAAAACAUAUUUGUCAGCAAAAUAUUAUAAAUCUAUAUCAAACAAUAAUUAUAUAUAAUAAAUUGAAUAAGAGUAUUGUCGAAAAUGUUUAUAUCGAAAUGAAAUCAAGACAAGAGAUGAGCAAUGAAAUGAAAAAUUAUGCUAAUAUAAAUCUAUCCUACAUGGAAACAUUCUAUUCGACUAGUUUAAUUUUAACUGGGAUUAAUGUUACACAAUUUGAUGUAUAUAUCGCUGAAAUACAAAAUAUUGAAGGAUGUCAGUAUUGUAUUGUUACUGUACAAAAUUCUAGUACUCCUGAAACACCAAAAGAUAUUGAAAUCGAAAAUGUCUCUUGGGAUAGAUUUACACUCAGUUGGAUACCAGGAUUUGAUGGUGGUUACAAUCAAACUAUUAUCCUAGAAUUCUUAGAGAUUUUCAAACUUGAUAAUCAUGACUUGACAUUGUUCAAUAAUUGUGUAGUCAAGAGUUUACCUAAAGUAAUCGAAAUAAACCAGGUGCCAAAAAUACCAAUAAAACAACGAUGUGAAAUAUCAGGCUUAGCUCCAAAUACAAGAUACAAAUUCGUAAUGUAUGCAAGGAAUGUUCUGGGUCAAGGGAGAAAAUCCGAAGAAUAUACAAUUACCACUAAAGUUCUUCAUUUUCCACAAGUUAUUACAACAAAUCAACAAAACAAUUUGAUGAAUAUACAAUUUAUGCAUUCAAAUGAUUCACAGUUAUUCUGUAUAAAAACGGAGUAUUCACAGUCGGAUCGAAUGAAUUGGUCCAUUUUAUUGGAUACAUGUCAAAUGCAUAGAGAAAUCAAAUCGUCUUCAACAGUAAUCAAGAAUACUUUAAGGAAUUUUGAAGUGAUAAUUGAAAAUAUUCUAGUCAUGAAUAAUACUAACGGAUAUUUAGUUAGAGAGCUACAAUCCUCGAGGAUUAUGAAGGCUAAUUCAGAUGAUCCGAAUUUGUCAGAUAUCUCAAAAAAGUUUAAACAUCAUCGUAAACAAGUUUCAGUGUUUCCUAACUUUGAAAAUGCUCAGAAUUCAUUGAAUACUUCAAGUAAUAAUGAUUUGAGUAAUUCACACGACAAUAUCAUCUUACAUAUGGAUAAUCAUUUCGCCUAUCGUGUUUGGACAUGUAUAAAGAAUCAAUCGAAUGUCUGUUAUCAAACAAAACUUUUUCAUAAAGAUGCAACUCCAAACUUAACAAGUCAUAAAUUGAAGAGUAAAUUGGGUUUGAUUGUGUUAGCAAUCCUUAUUGUGUUACUAAUAUUUUGCACUAUCUUAGCAUUUCUUUACUUACGUCAACAUCGAAAUACUAAUACAUCAACUAUGACUUUACUUCAUAAUACAGAGAAACAUCUUUUUCAUACAUGUAUUCAAUUGCCUGAGAAAACAAUAGAAAAUGGAUCUCUAUUACCAGUUAGUUCAUGUUUAUCAAUAAAUGGUACAGACAUUAUGGAGUAUAAACAAUCAACAUCUAAUCUAACAAUAUAUGAAUCGAAAUUUAUAUCUCCUACAACAAUGAUUCCAUUAACAUAUGAUAUUGCUUAUAAUCAAAUACCAUUUCUAUCAUAUCAUUCAGAUAUACAAAAUUCAAUGAAAACAUCUCCAAGUAUUGAAUUAUCACAAACAUUUAUUGAAUAUAAACCAACAUCAAUUGAAUUGUACUCAUCACAAUCUGCCAGUAUGUAUAAUCUACCUUCAACAUGUUCUAUUAUUCCAUUGGAUUCAAAUGUCUUGUAUACAAAUAAUAAUAAUAAUAAUAAUAAUAAUAAUGAUAAUAAUAAUUUGUCACCUAUUCUAAUUAUUCCAGCUAAAACAUUCCCUUCAGUUACUUAUCAAUGUUCAAUAUAA